AUGGCCACCUUUGUCGAUUACAAUGUGUCCACUUUCAGAGAUAAUUCUAAACCAAACAAAAGACGACUUCAAGAACUGCAACACACUGAAGCCAGAGCUCAUGCUGCUCGAGUUGCAUAUUGGCGCAAAAGAAAGCCAGGUCCUCGCUCACAACCGAAGGGGACACGCGAAACUAAAGAAGACCAUUCUGAUUCUUGUUUCGACGACUCAUCCGUUCUCACAUCCAGCGAACAGCAUGAUUCACAUUCAGACUCGCGAAGACUCAGCACAGAAUGCCCGUCUGAUCCCGGCCCAGCAGCUGUGAGGGCCUCAGACAAUGCUCUAUCGCUCAGGAGUUCUACGCAGUCCGCCUCUUCCAAAAUAAGUGAAGCAGGACAUCGGCCUGAUUUGAAAUUUGGAGACUUGAAUUCUUUCUUCCAGCUCACCAGUCACCCUAAAUCUCGACUCUUCGACCCCUUCGAUACCGUCCCUUCCCGACAAGGUGAAGAAGUUGUUACAGCCAUGGACCACUUUAUCCACCACUGGGCUCCCUCUCAGAGGCCCGGUUUGAAAUUCCAAACCAAAGACAACCCGUUAAUUCGAGACGUCUUCCCUGCUGCACUUCAGAAUGUGGAACUCUUCGAAGCCUCUGUUGCUCUAUGUUUAAGUUUCAAGGCGGCUGGGUCAAAUUUCACAACCUACCUAUGCAACGCUUGUCUCCAUCACAAGGGUCAGGCAUUGGCUGGCAUUAGAAAUAAGUUGAUGUCAGGGCGAGUUGAUGAGGCUGUCAUCUUUGCUACGGUCCUCCUCAUGAUAAUUGAUAAUGUAUUUCUAGACGUCGAUGCGUACAAAGCUCACCUAGAAGGCCUCCGCAAGAUGGUCGGUGCUUGUAAUUCUUCCAUUCUAGAAGCAUACGGAGGCACCUUAAAGUCCUUCGUGGCAUGGGCGGAAUCAAAUGCCUUGGUAAUAUUUGGAAAUCCUAACUCGCCUCCAACGGCUUCUACAGCUGGGUCCAAAUUGGAGUACUAUGCUCAGCCCUUCCCGAACAUUGUGAAUGAGAAACUGUCGAAACUCACACCAGGAUUCCGAGACAUGGUAUCUGAGGGCCAUCUCUCAGUUCAUGUGCUGACUAUCCUCGUAAACACCAUCCGAUGGACAAGAUGUAUCGGACCCGAAGCUACUGAUACAACUUCCGACGAUGACCAGAAAUUCCUGAUAGACUUUGACCCCAGAGCGAAUACUGCCAUGGUGAUGGAACUUUGCCGGACGUUGGAUCAGCAACGGUACAUAGAAAAGGUGCUUUGUAAGGCGCUCUUCAUUUACUAUGCUAACAUACUGCAUUGGACCUGCCGCUGUUCAGGAUAUAAACGGGUUACUAGCGAGCUUGCCGACAACGUCCUCUCAGCUCGGCCGCAGAAACCAUGGGAACUGGCCUUUUGGUCGUGGAUGUCACUCCUUAUUACGAACGCAGCAAGAAGAGGCUCACUGCCACAACUUCAGUCGGACACCAUGAACAAGUUCUUUAGCUGGAUGGGUCGUAAUCAAGAUUGGGACGAAAUCAUGGACACGUUGAAAGCAUUCGUGUUUCAUGACGGUUUGGGUGGCGAAUGGAGGCUCUGCUGGUCGGCAGGGAUGAGCCAUAUCGUAUUAUAG